UGCGCUCGCGAUUCUGUUAUGAAGUCUAUUUCUGGGUUUCUGUUUAAAUUAUGUCAAUAGUAUAUCUUUAUUUUAAAUUUUACAUUGUCAGUGGUGUACAGAAAGCUGUGUUGGUUUGUUCUUCGGGUGGGUCGAAUGCUGCGCUCACAGUACACGCCGCGCUUCGGGAAGACAUGGGAAAGUCAGGCAAGGCUCAAGCGAAAGAGCCAGAAGCGAUGAGUGAUGCGGCGGCGCAGCGCAGCGGUCACGGCGGGCUCGGCAGCCACGGCGAAGGGCUAGGAAAGCUGUACGCCCCGCAGUUCCGGAGGCUGCAGAAAAGCGCUUGCUGCGCUAUUUGCUUCAGGAUAUUGUUCCUAGCUGUUGGGUUCCUUACUGUGCUACAAUCAAUAGCUGUGAUUGUGGUAUCGGUGACGUCAGCGCUGGCCAUUAAGAUCUACAGCGACGACUUAUCAGGGCGGCUGGUGGCCAUCGUGGUGAUGCUUGUUACCGCCGCGAUCACCAUCUCCUUUGUCAUCUACGGCUCCAUAGGUGCGGUCAGGAAGCAUAGGAGACCUGUACAAUCGGCAAUCUCGGUGCUGGUGGUUGUAGCGGUAAUCCAAGCGGUGAUACUGAGCGUAUCUUUGGACGUAAAGCCAGACGACGAGGUGAAACUGGGCCGCUUCCUCUCCGAUUCCUUCAAACUGGCGCGGGAUGACAACCCUAGACACGUGAAAAUUUGGGCCCGGACACAGCAUGAUCUCAGUUGUUGCGGCGUGUACUCUGCGGAAGAUUACCGGGCGCCCAACUUCCCGGCUUACUUUGCAGCGAAUGUCCCCAUCUCUUGUUGUCCCUCCUACGACCCAGAUAGGUCAGAACUCGUACAGGAAAGAGAGAGAGAAUCAUGCAAAGCCAAGAAGGAAUACUACGAUAUCGGAUGUAGAAACCUCAUCAUAAAUGUCUUUAAAGAAACACUGAAAACUUUAUUUAUUGUAUCUAUGUUCGAGAUUUUGCUAGAGAUAAUCCUUAUAAUAAUAGGAGCAAUUUUAGCACGAAAAGAUAAAGACAAGCUCACGAAUCGCAAUGAUGUUUCACCGAUUGAUGAAGUGAUAACUACUGACAAUAAAAAAGGGAAAGGCAAACCGUAGACUAAACGGUAUUGUACAAUUGCAACUGCCAGAAAAAGAUCAACUGAAUGCAACGAAUUUAUUAUUAUAAGGCAUUAUUUUAUAUUGUUUAAUAUGUAUAGAGAAUAAAGUUUAUUUCAAAUUAA